AUGGACGACUCACACGACACGACAUCGAUAGCAAGACGAGAGCGAAAAGCCACAUCGACACCCACAGAUUCACCAACCGCAGAUUCCGCAGACGCUUCUCCCACAUCAAGGCGCAAGAACCAAGAAGCAUGGCAGCUCCAAAAAGCAGCCCUCAAAGAGAAAUUCCCCGACGGCUGGCAGCCGCGCAAACGCCUCUCCCCAGACGCCCUCGCCGGCAUCCGCGCGCUCAACGCCCAGUUCCCCGAAACCUACACGACGGAAGCCCUGGCGGACAAGUUCCAGGUCUCGAGCGAGGCCAUACGCAGGAUCCUCAAGAGCCACUGGCGGCCGUCGUCGCUGGAGGAAGAGGACCGCCAGCAGCGGUGGUUCCGGCGCGGCAAGCAGGUGUGGGAGCAAAAGGCCGCGCUGGGCAUCAAGCCGCCGCAGAGGUGGCGCGUCGAGGGCGUUGCGCGAGACCCGGGCUAUCACGAGUGGAGCAGGAAGGCGUCGCAGCGGGAGAGGGAGUGGGAGGAGGAGGAGAAUCGCAAGUAUCGGGCGUAUUUGGACAAGAAGAAGAGGAAGAAGACGGAGUUUACAAAGGGAUGGUGA